AUGUUGAGAGCUCAGGGGAAAUACGAAGAGGCGGAAGUGCUGUACAAGAGGACACAGGAGAUCCUGGAAAAAUCGUUGGGGCGGGAGCAUCCAAAUAUUGCCAUAAUUUUGAACAACCGGGCGACGAUGUUGUGGAAUCAGGGCAACUUCGGCGAGGCGGAACCAUUGUACGUGAGAGCUAUCGCAGUUGGAGAGAAAACACUGGGUCCAGAGCACCCAAAUCUUGCCGCGUGGCUGAACAACCUGGCGGCGUUGUUGUACAAGCAGGGCAAGUACGACGAGGCGGAACCGCUGUACAAGAGGACGCAGGACAUCUGGGAGAACUCGUUGGGGCGGGAGCACCCAAACAUUGCCAUAGUUUUGAACAACCGGGCGACGUUGUUACGGAAUCAGGGCAAGCUCGGCGAAGCAGAACCAUUGUACGUGAGAGCUAUCGCUAUUGGAGAGAAAGCGCUUGGUCUAGAGCACCCAAAUCUUGCCGCGUGGCUGAACAACCGGGCGGUGUUGCUGAUCAAGCAGGAGAAGUACACGGAGGCCAGUCCACUCCUGGAAAGAGCCCUCUUAAUCCAUACGAAGAACCUUGGGGAAAACCACCUGGACACGGUUGGUGUUCGGAACGACCUGGAACUUGUUCGAAAAAAGGUGUGAAGACGAGGGUGGAAGAAGCUGCCUGCGGUGGUAGCGGUCACUGCAAACGCGAAGAGCAUUACAGGGGAACAGCUCUGAAAGGGGAAUUGCAUCAAGUGUAUAGGGACGUCGCAUAUCUUGCUCACGUCCACGGUGACUGGCUGCGGUGCUGA